UCGGCAUAACAACACACAAUAUCCAACUCCCUCUCAAACUAAAUAUAAAAAUAUUUUUUUUAAGCUAAAAUUGACUAGGCUUUUGAAGAAGCCCCUAUUUUAAGGUCUCAAUCGGGAAAACCGAUGAAUCUGUUGCGCCGGCAGCCUCGGCUGCUAAGUAAACAGGGCACGUGGCUGCUGAAGGGCUACGCCGCCACCGGAGAUGUGCCCGAAUCCGUUUCCUGUUCUGCGCCGGCUAUGUCCACCGUAUCGCUAUCCGGACCAGCGAUGGCUGCCACCGCCACAGUAUCCGUGGUAUCCAUGGUAUCCCAGUCCGCCCAGCCCAGUGGCCAAGGAAGAGGACAAGGAGCCGGACCAGGAUCAGGAGGAAGAGCCCCCAAAGGAUCAACCGGCGGAGGAUCGACCCCAGGAAGACGGUACUCCGGGAGCGGAGGAGGAGGAGGACCAGACCCAGCUGCAGCCCCAGCAGGAGCAGGAACAGGAAGAGCUCCAGCCCCAGUCCCAGCCCCAGCAGGAGCAGGAUCCGCCCAGCCCGGAGGAGCGUCCGCCGGAAAGCCACCUGGGCUGCCACCUCUACCGUCUGCGCCACCUCCUCCGCCUCCGCCUUCCGCCAAGGCCAAAUCCUCCACUCCUCGGAUGAAGAACUUCGAGAUCUACCGCUGGAAGCCCGGCGAUCAGCCGCAGCUGCAGACGUACAGCGUGGAUCUGGAGAAGUGCGGCGCGAUGGUGCUGGACGCCCUGAUACUGAUCAAGAACGACAUGGAUCCCACGCUCACCUUUCGCCGAUCCUGUCGCGAGGGCAUCUGCGGCUCCUGUGCGAUGAAUAUCAAUGGCACCAACACCCUGGCCUGCGUUUCCCAUAUCGAUCAGAACGAGAGCAAAUGCUGCCGCAUCUACCCACUGCCGCACCUGUAUGUGGUGCGGGACUUGGUGCCGGAUCUCAGCCAGUUCUACGACCAGUACCGCUCCAUUCAGCCCUGGCUGCAGCGCAAGGAUCUGAAGAGGGAGGCCGGAUCGGCGCAGUACCUCCAGUCGGUGGAGGACCGCCAGGUGCUCGAUGGCCUCUACGAGUGCAUCCUGUGCGCCUGCUGUCAGACAUCCUGUCCAUCGUACUGGUGGAACAGCAAUAAGUACUUGGGACCAGCCGUUCUCAUGCAGGCCUACCGCUGGGUCAUCGAUUCCAGGGACGAGGCCACCAAGCCGCGACUGGACUUCCUCAGGGAUCCGUGGAAGGUCUACCGCUGUCACUCCAUCAUGAACUGCACCAACACGUGCCCCAAGCAUCUCAAUCCCGCGCGAGCCAUCAUCCAGCUGAAACGACUGCUGGUGGGACUCCAGAAAAAGGCAAAGCCUCAACUCCAAACAGACGCCCUAUUCCAGGCGAAAACCUAGAUAUUGUACACCGAAAUACUCGACAUAACGUUAUUGGGAUAAACAACUCACCGAAAACACAAUCCUACCCCGAACUGAUCUGAUCACUCUCGACCAUAAACCAAAUACAAAUAUAAAAUAGGAAAGGUAAACACAACAACAAAACAAUAUAACAAAUACGAACAAAUCCUUAAAAAUUCUAAAAAAUCUGAUCACGACAUACACUAUAUCUUUUUACACAGAGCUUAAGAAUGAAUUCACACUAUGAACAAUUGGGUAACCAAUUGUAAGAUAUAAACAUAUAAUAAAAUAAU